CAGCGGGGAGGGGCCUCUGAGCAUGUGCAGAGUGCGCAGUGACGCCUCCCGCCCUGCAGGCUGAGGGGGUGCGGCGUCGAGGGGUCGGGUUUGAUGCGGUCGCCCAGGGACACUUGUGUGGAGGGAAAAGAGCUGAGCACCAAGAAUGAAUCCUUGAGGAACCCCUUACAUAGCUGUCAAACUUCCCUUUUUUUGCGGGAAAUUCCCUUCUUCCAGCGCCGUUUCCCGCUGCUAUCCCAGAUUGUUAGAUAUCCCGUAGACUGUCCCCGGGACAGUGGUGACGGUGUGAUUGUGGAAGGGCAGCUCUUGGACGUGUCCCGCCAUCUCAUCUUGGAUGAUGCUGACAAAAAGGAGCGCUACUUCGUGCUAUACAUCAGGCCAAGGCUUGUUCAUCGCCGCAAAUUUGACCCCAAGGGGAAGGAGGUGGAGCCCAACUUCAGCGAAACUCGAAAGGUCAAUACUGGCUUCCUCAUGGCAUCCUACAAGGUGGAGGCCAAGGGCAAGACCGACAGGCUGACCCCAGAAGAGCUGGAGUGCCUGGUGACCAAGCCAGAGUUGGUGAAGGUGACGCAGCCCUACACACCCAGCCAGGCUGUGGCCUUCUGGCUGCCUGAGAGUGAGAUGGAGAAGAUGGAGCUGGAGGUGGGGAUGGAGAUCCGCCUGAGGACUCUGGGAGAUGGACCCUUUGUCUUCUCCUUAGCCAAGCUGGAUGUGGGGACAGUGACCAAGUGCAAUUUUGCUGGUGACCAGCAGGCCGGGGCCUCCUGGACAGACAACAUCUUGGCUUUCAAGGAUCACGGGGAGCCGUCCGAUGAACCCCGAGGGCAUGGGGAUGGCGCGGAAGAUGCCGAAUGGGAUGACUGAGGCAAGAAGAACUGAGAGGACGCAAAUGACUCCCUGCCGCUCCUGGACUCUUCUCUAUUCUUCUGUUUCCAAAGCUUCUGGGGAAGGAGGGGGAUCCUUGGGGGUGGGGAGGGAGUGGUGUGUGCUCUCUCAGCAGGGCUGGGAUUCCUGCAGCCUUCUUGAAUCUCUUUACAUGAUUCUUCCUGGGUGCCUGAGGGUGGCAGAUCAGAAGAUUUUACUUUUAAACAUUGCCCCAGGCUAGUUGUGGGCUCUUCUACGGCAGGCACUGCCCCAGCCCCUGGAGCAAAAGCCUCAGCCCUUCAGCAGCAUACCAAAAA